AUGGUCAUGGGCAAGUGUGUCCUCCAGCUGGUACGGUAGCAGUACCCACUCACGAAGAGGUUGGGGCUGUUAGAAUGGUUCAUGGAGGUUUUGCAAUUGACGGUGCCGCAGUAUCUGCAGUGCAGUGUUUGCAAUAGCAUGCCUUCUUCUAAGGAUCAAUACAGAAGCUAAUGCAACAUUUUUGCAAGCUGCUAAUUUGUCAACCUCUGUAUUCUUGUUUGUCAUGUCACAGAGACACUUCUGCACAUCAAACACAAAGAAUGAUGAGGUGCGUCUGGCAGAAGAAGCAAGCAAGAAAUAUGGAUCUCCAGCUCCAACUAUCUUUUCCAAAGUGAUUGACAAAAGUAUUCCUGCAGAUAUCAUUUAUGAAGAUGAUAAGGUAUACACCACACACAGACAUGUAUUCACAUACGUAUGUUUAUUUUACUGUACUCCACGUAGACAAUAUAUGAUCAAUAUUCAGCCACAGGGUAUAAGGGCAUUAUAUUGAUGUUCAAUAUUUCGGAAUGUUAUCAUGCUUUUGUUGUUUUCCUUUUCUUCAGUGUUUAGCCUUCAGAGAUAUCAGUGCACAAGCUCCUGUGCAUUUCCUGGUUAUUCCCAGGGUCCCUAUCCCAAAAAUCAGUGAGGCCAAAGAUGAUGAUGCUGAGGUAGCCUACUGAUUUGUCUCUACUUUCUCUAUAUGUCCUUUUCUGAUUUUGAUCACAAGAAAGAGUCCUAUUAUGUUGAAUUGUUGAACUCUUUGCUAUUUUGUGUAGCUGUUAGGUCAUCUCCUAGUGGUUGCAAAAAACGUGGCGAAGAAAGAGGCAUUGCACGAAGGUUACAGAGUGGGUAAGUAUUAAGAUGACCAUAAUAUGUAGUAUCAAUCUACAUAUGAGCGUCACACAUUUCACAGAGACAUAUUUAGUUGUUAUAAACAUAUAACUGCAUUUCUAUCUUCCACAGUGAUCAACGAUGGGAAGCAUGGUGCCCAGUCUGUAUACCACCUCCACAUCCACGUCCUGGGAGGCAGACAGCUGAACUGGCCGCCAGGCUAACAGAUGGACUUCCUGUCUUAGCGGGGUUAGUUUCAUGUUAACCUUAAAGAGCAACUGUCCCAAAAAAACAACUUCUCAUUUAGAAAACAGCCUAUGUGGCAUCGAUAUGAGUCGAAAACAUUUAUUCUACUAUCAAAAUUGACUACAAUGUGUAAAUAAGAUCAUUUUGGUCAUAAAGUCAGU